GACAACUGUCCUCAUCGCGCCCUUGUCGAAGUUUUUUAUUUUAUUUUUUUAACGUGUUACAGCCAUCUACUAUAGUGCCAAGACACAUGGGUGUGCUACCGGAGUACGACAGAGAACGACAGUCAUUCUCCUUCCUUUUCUCUAUUCACGACUUUCGUGAGCGCCUGGGCUCUAUGGUCGUCAUCGAACGUACUCUAGCUUCUUCAGCUUGCCUUAGAAGAAUAAAAGAAAGCUUAUCGACAAUCAGACGCGAAUGAUGCUGGUGACUUUCGUGCGCGCUGCGGAAAUGUUCCAAUUGUAGUUCCUCCACCAAUAAUGGGUUCUGGGAACGAAGAAGAGCUGUAGAGUUACUUUCUCUAGCAAAUAACAGGAGUCGCGUCCGCGUGUGGAAUAUCUAUGAGUCAAGGCGCUACGGUGGCAUUCUAUAAGAGAGGAUCCGCGAAGUAAUAUCUCAAGAUGCAGAAACGCAACUUCUUCCAUCUAUCCUCGAGGCAAACGUUCGCAGCAUUCUCAAGUAAUCGGACUAUAAAGUCACCGCCCCACCUUUCCUGCCUUUCGCUCCACGGUCAUGAAGCGAUCGGUAUUACUUAUUGUUCGAAGCUACAGUCGACGUUCGAAACGACGCUCGCCCUCGUCGAUCUCUGAGAAGAAACCUUUUGAGGGUCCUACAGAACCUCCAACGUCCCAGGACGACGCUGACCCGGCGCCAACAACCGUGCUGGAAACCCCACGAUGCUCCAACCUGGAAGCAGCAAGAUUGAUUCUGGAGCUCGUCAACGCUGCAGCGGAUGCCAUACCCCUGCCAGGCUUGAAGGUGGUUACUGGAAGUUUACUUGUACUAUUGGCUAUGCGUCAGAAAGCUAUGGACAAUCUCGAGAUCAUAUCCGAGUUUGUGAAGAGUAUGGACCGGCUCAGGCAGCGUUUGAAUCUAUUAAAAAGCGAGGAAUAUACGGAUUCAAGCAUCCAACAGCAACUAACAUUAUUCUCAAAGGAAUUAGAAAAGACUUACCUACCCCAAAUCGAAAACCUCAUCCCGCCUCGAUGGGAAUUCACCCUCAAAUCCGUCAGUGCAAGGAUCAAGCGGAUAAUAUACAGUCGAGAACAUGAGAAGCUUUUGAUCAGCCUGACCACGAAGAUCAACGAGGAAAUGAAUCGUAUCUUGCUCGAUGUCACUUGCUAUACCAACAAAGCGACGAAUCGGAUAGAUAAACAGACGAACAGGUUGUGGGAUAGCGAGUGUCUUAAACAUCUUCAUAUCGCCAAAAGUGCUCUUCACGAUAGCGGAGACCGUGCACGCUGUUCGGACAAUACCAGGACCCACCUACUGAAGGCAAUCGAUAAAUGGGCUCAUUCAAACACACCCUUGAGGAUCUUCUGGUUGGGGGGGUCUCAAGGAACCGGAAAAUCGACCACGGCUUUCACUAUUGUUGAUGCUCUCGGAGAGGAUCCCUCACACAACUAUCUAGGCACUUUCUUCGGCUCGCGAGACCACACCAUUACACAAACAGUGUCAACCCUUGCGUAUCAAAUCGGCGUACGAGUACCAGGAUUCAGGGCGCAAUUGAUAUCUAAUGUCAAGAAAGACAACGACAUUGGAGAGAAAAAACUCUCCGAGCAGUUCGAGAAGUUACUGGUGGAACCACUUCGUGCCCAGUUCUCCCAUCAGGCUUCCCCAGUCAUUCUAAUUAUAGACGGCUUGGACGAGUGCUGUGGUCGCGAGGAGAACGGGACGGAUAAACUCGGGAUCUUCUUUGGUGCCUUGAUUCAAUGUGUCCAGGCGAUCCAGUCGAUGAAAGUGCUCAUCAGCUGUGGUCCUAUCUCGCAGCUUGAGGACGUCUUGAACCGCCAUAAGGAUAUCUUUUGCACGGUCUCCCUCGAUGGUGAUAAGCUUGUGGACAACGAUAAGGCCAUUCAACGAUUUGUCGAUAACCGGAUGCCAUAUCAGUACCGUGGUGACGAAGAAGUUUCUCGUGCACUAGCCUGUGUCGCUCGAAAGGCCAAAGGAUCAUUUCUCUACGCCACGUAUAUGUUGUCACUCCUCAAAUCAAGCGGCCGCAAGGACUUUUUGGCACAAGUGAAGGCAGACGACAAGUUGGAGGUUGCAGAAGCUGUGCACGCUAGAUACGAGCGCCUUGUGGUGAUGGCUCUUGAAAAGGAACCGGAUGGAAACCUUCGGAGACGCCUUUACGGUACAUUAAUCGCUAUAGCAUCCUGCUUUUUCGAACGUGUUUCAGUCCAGAACGCGGCUGAGCUGUUUCAGAUAGAACCUCAACGGCUCUUAACUUUCCUGGAGGAAUUUUCGACAGCACAGCUUGAAGUCAAGAAUUUGGAGUCUCCUGCUCACUUUGCUCAUAUUGCAUUCCGGGACUUCCUCCACCAACGAACGGCCUCUCCGCCAAGCCCAGGUGUUACUAUUCCUACACCUCACCAUGAGGUUGCGGUUCAUUUGUUCCAGUACAUGCGAUUGAAUCUUCGUCGAAACAUAUGUGGUUUGCCAUGUCACCGCGAUUUUGCCAAUAUCGAAGCCCGACCAGACCUCAAAAGUCUGAUAUACGCUUGUAAGCGAUGGGCAGAUCAUCUAGAGAGUGGCAGUUCUCAGAACGACAACGUUUCCGAAUCAAUAAUCAAUUCAAUGACCUUCGAUGCGCUGCAGAAAUUUGUUCAAGACUCGCUGUUAUACUGGUUGGAGGUGCUUUGCGUAUUGCAGCUUGUGGAUCUUGCGGUAGACUCCUUACAGAAAGCCAUGAAGUGGAUCAAUCCAGACUCGUCUUCUUCGCGCAACCACAUUCAUGCAUGGUUGACCUCGAUGCGACUUGCCGUUAAUGCCUGCAAACCAGUCUUGAAAGAUCCUCUGCAAGUCUAUGAGACUCUCCUCUCGCCGCUCAGGUUUGAAACUGCCCAGCUAGCCACAUAUCACUCCAACGUCAAAACUAGUGUCAACAUUAAUGCUCAUUUUCGGCCACACCGACGAAUGAUCAAAACUGGAAGGGAUGUAGCCUUCGUCUCUCUCUCUCCCAAUGGUCAGUUGAUGGCCAUCGGAAAUACCAGUGGCUCGCUCAAGUUAUGGAAUAUAAAUGCCGUCCGAUUAUUGGGUGAACUGUACUCCGGAAGACCCGAGACCAGUCUGGAGGACCUGCAGUUCAUCGCCUGCGACAAAGUUGUCGCAAUCCUUUAUGACACGCAGCGGAAAUUAGUAGAAGUCAAUGCAUGGGACUGCUCUCGACCUUUCAUCGCACCCAUUCGCCUGUUGGAGGUAGUAGUGGAUGACAUUACCCAGAAUUCUCUAAAGUUGGUCCCAUCGCCAGAUCAGAAAUACGCCGCCAUUGUCUUGCAUGGGAUCAUGCAUUUCUGGAAAACCGAGACGCUAUCGAGCAGACACAGUCACGGAGUCUCGACCUCGAGGGUCCUAGCCCUGAGUUCGCGCUGGUUCAUCUCCGACCGUGCACUUCGGCGGGUCACAGAUGGGGACGACAUUUUUAAAUUUCUUCAACCUGCUUCUAGUGGUGCCUUCAGUUCAGACGAGUCGGUCUUAGCCGUCGGAACAGCUAAAGGAACAGUACUAUUAUAUCGUUACGAUGGGCUACGUCACGAACAAAUCGCCUCGCUUUCUUACGGUACCGCCGCUCUCUCGAUAACUCUCUCUCUGUCUCGAGACGGGACUCACCUUGCAGUGCUGGGCUCGUCGGAAGUGAAAAUAUGGAAGAUGGCGAAGCCUGAGGAGCGUAUCACGAAAUUAAAUUUUAAGUUCCCCCGUUUUGGCUUUCAGUUUCUUCCAGAUGGCAGUAUUUUCAAGGUCGCCUCUCUCUCGGACCGUGGUAAUAUGGUCGUUGACGCUUACCAUGUCAGCACUUCAGUCAGUUCUCAAAUCAUCAGUGCUGCAGCCUUUUCGUCCGAUGGAAAUUUAAUCGCCACCGGCUCCAGAGAUGGUAGAAUUAUGGUCUAUGCCAUUUCAGACCGUCCUCUUCGUUGGGAAGAUCAUGUUCAUUUAUGGUCAGACCCUCGAUUCCAGAAAGUUGACCAUAUCGGCUUCAGCCCCGAUGGGCGUUUCCUUGCUUCGACGUCUGCAAUUGGGUUGACCACACUUCGAACUAUCGUGACUCCCAAGACGGGUCUUCUGCCAGUGAUCGGAUCCCUGAAACACAAGCGUCUACCCUUCUCUGCAUUCUCUGGCAAUUCUCAAUAUCUCGCGACAGCUUAUCUGAACAAUGACAACGGAAAUCUCUACGUUGAAAUGUUUGUCAUUGAAGCAGGCACCACCUCCCACACCUUCGAGUUUUCCUUUGUAAGAAGUCAUGCAGGAACACCAUUUCAGUCGCUAGCACUGUCCAAAGACGGGUCAAAAUGUGCUGUUGCCUCCACCGACUCGCUCUUCCUAUAUUGCCACGACCGGCGACCGACAGGGACGGGAGAUGUCUUACGAGUCCAUCCAGACCGAAUUGUUGUCAUCGAUGGACCCAAUGCUCGUUCUCUACGGUUUUUGGAUGACGAGCGGUAUAUCACUUCAACCGCUGGUGUUUUUGAGGUGCGAUUAGGGGUAAGAGUUAAGAAUGUUGAUUCGGGUCGAUGCUUCGUACGUGACGACAGAUGGAUAGUAGACCGCUUUGGGAAGAAGUGCUGCUUUUUACCGUACAAGUGCGAUUUUCAGGAUUCGCAUCAUUCAAAACUUAUGCUAUGUGUCGCUGGAGGUAGCAUUGUAUUUGUUCGUGUUCGUAGUUGAUCGGAAAGUUUGCCAGCACCGAAGUCCGCCAUCCACGAUCUUUGAUACUCGUUCGCAAGACGAUAUAAGUAUCGUACAUGUAGAAACAUACAUGAGUGGGGAUGUGGUCGUUCAA